GCUACUCGGGAGCUAAGCUGGGGCCGGGAGCUAGAUGUCAAAGAAGAGGUACGCUCCGAAAGAACGGCGAAAAAUACCGGCGAAAAGAGUUCAAGAUGUCUGGAAAGUCACAUAAGGCCAUGGAUGAUGCCCACUGGCACAAACGCCUGCAAAAGUUUGCAGACACCGGUGUUUGGUCUUCCGGUGAGGGCAACAGACCCGCACCCCGCCAGAAAAAGUGGCACAGCUACUAUCAAAUGAUAGAGAAGUGCCCUCUCCAGUUGAGAGGACAGGCUACCCUUGUUCAAGGACCUCAGAGCUGUUCUUGUGGCUUUCACAAGGCAAGGGAGCAUGCUAGGGCUUUAUCAUCUGGGGGUGUGCAACCUCAAUCCAGUCAGUCCACAGCAGGACUGACCGGAUCCACAGCCACUGCAUGCACAGCUGGUCCAUCAACGGGAGCAAGUCCUGUAAAAAAGACCAAACUGGUUUUGUCCAUGUUUGAAAGAUCGAGGUUUGGCUCCCACGUUCACACGCCAAAACCAAACCUCAAUGUCCAGAGAAAAAACGUUCCUCGGACACAAAGUAACCCUGGCUCUGCUGCUGCCACCACUUCCCAAUCUCCAUCUUCAUACAACCCUCCAUCUCCUCACCAUUCCCCAUCACCUCGCCAUUCCCCAUCUCCUCACCAUUCCCCAUCUCCUCACCAUUCCCCAUCUCCUCACCAUUCCCCAUCUCCUCACCAUUCCCCAUCUCCUCACCAUCCCCCAUCUCCUUGA